ACAUUUUCUCAAAAAUCACAAGAUUAUACAAAAAUUCUGAAAAAAAAUUGCGAAAAAUUAUAAGAAAAAAUCUGAGAAAAGUUUUCACCAGUGUUGACUUCGUAUUUCGCGCGCGUCGCCGUCAUGAGCAUCGACGCGAGGCGGUCGAUGAGAGACACCGAGAGGCGCAUGCAGGGCUGCGUCGACGAUCGACGCGACGCGAAGUACUCAGGGGUAACGAGGGACGGCUUCAUGUCGCCGGUCUGCCGGACAAGCUAAAUUUAGAAGUCACGGACGACACGCGAGCCUCGACCUCUCUCAGACGGCCGCGGUCCGUCCACCGUCGUCGCGAGCCGCGGGGUGUCUGGCCGGAGCGAUGGCGGGUUCCGAGACGUCACGCGAGAUCAGGGAGAGACCCUCGGCUAUCGUGCGCAUCGCAUACCAUCAACUGAGCGUUAUGUGCGGCACGCGCGAUCCCACCAAGCCGAGCGUUCCGGCGGCUACAAAGGUGGACACGCGCGGCAUGGUGUUCACGCGUCGCCUGCUGGGCCUCCCGGUGUUCGCCACAAUGACAUCAGCGUUCUGUGGCGCGUACGAGGCCGCGCGAAACUCCCACGAGUCGGUCGCGACGGUACUGGGCUACGCGGAGGACGGGAUGCGCGCGAGCCUGGAGUUCGCCAGCCCCGUCACCGACAGGGUCGCCGGUUUCCUGGAAACGCCGCUCAAGACCGUCGACGACGCGGCGUGCGUCGGACUGGACUUCGUGGAGGAGAAGGUGCCCUCCGUGAAGCUACCACCUGGCCAGAUCUACGCCAACAUGAGGGAUAGCGUCAGGAAUAUAUUCACGUCGGCGUUAGAAACUCUCAGGCUUUUGUUUGGUGGGCCGAAGGACCGAAUAGAGGACUUGUCGAUUGCGAGCGAGACCGCAAAACAGGGAAUCCGGAAAGUGUCUAGUUGAAUUGUGAAAAUGCGAAGGACGAUUCGCACUCGGGCUUUCAUCGUGGAGUGCACUGUGAUGUUCCGAGCCACACGAUUCAAACACCACGCGUUUCAUACCAAAAAUGCACGAAUCUCAAAUCCAUUUCAGACAAUCUGCCAGAAUUCAGGACAAAAUCUUAUUUUAAUAGGAAUAGAAUUCUAUAAAUAGAAUUAUGUGUGUAAAUAUAAUUAUAUAUAGAAAUAUAUAUAAUUGUAUAAAUAGAAUUCUAUCCUGAAAUCAGGCAUGAAUUACAAUUAAGUCGUUUAAAGCGGAUUUCAACUAACAUAAACAUUGCGAUAUAAAAAUAUAGUCAACUAAUCGAUACAAGAUGCAAUCGUCUCGAUGAUAAAUGAUACUAGAGGCGGUAAGUGGCACAAACGCGAUGCUCAUCGCAAAAUAAAUAACAAAUGAACUCGUUAAGAGACCUGGUUUAGAGAGACUUUCUAAUAAAUGGUCUCUAGUCCGCGCAUCUGAAUGCGAGAUAUCUUUGUACGAUAGCUGUUUUAUGUUAUUCAAAUUAAAUAAAUUUGUGUUUUCGUUUUUA